GUAGUCAUAUGUGCAACUGUGUGCUUAUGACUCAACCUUUGGAUGUGUGAACAUUAUGUGGCAGGGAGGGGCUGUGUGGGAGCGCAAGUACAAUGAGGAGUAGAUAGCCGUGUCUGAACGAGUCUUGAGAUAGAUACUGCACCUACACGCGGCUCCACAUGUCCGCUGCUUCUCUCUUCUGCCACUGAUUUUUGUUUUUCCUCGUCUCUCCUGCACCACCAUGCAUCUCUUGUUUCUUGCAAGAAGAGCCGUAAUAUUGCACAGAGGUUUGACUGAGGCUGUAUAUUCCCAUCAAGUGGAUUUCUGAAAGAAGGUCGACUCAGUAUGAUGAACCAUCAUUCUUUCCCCGCACUUAACUGUGUCUUGCUCCUGUUGUGGGUGUCUGAUUGGAACAAGGUGACCUGUUCCCAUGGUGAGGGCAGGAAGAUUUGGCAACAGCCCAAACUGGACUCCUACAACAAAUACUUUCUUCAUGACACCUUCCCUUUAGGAUUCCUUUGGGGAUCGGGAACGUCUGCUUUCCAGACAGAGGGAGCUUGGGACAAGGAUGGGAAGGGCGUUUCCAUUUGGGACCAUUUCACCCAUUCUAAUAUCACUGAUGAUUUGGCAAAUGCCAACAUGGCGAGUGAUAGCUACACUCGCUGGGAAGAAGAUGUGGAAGCACUGGACUACCUGGGUGUCAAAUCAUAUUCCUUCUCUCUUUCCUGGCCCAGACUCUUUCCUAACGGGAAUGUCAGGGAUCAACCCAACAGAGCUGCAGUGGAGCAUUACAGCCGUCUCAUAAACACGCUUCUGGAAAAGAAAAUUGAGCCCAUUGUGACCCUUUAUUACUGGGACCUGCCACAGGUCCUGCAGGAGCGCUUUGGAGGAUGGAGAAAUGAUACACUGGUGGGACUGUUUAACGAGUAUGCUACCUUCUGUUUCCAUACAUUUGGAAGCCGUGUCAGAUAUUGGCUUACAAUGGAUAACCCGUAUCUAGUAGCUGUGCAGGGGUAUGGGACAGGUAUGCAUGCUCCUGGAGAAUCACUAGGUCUUUCAGGAUCUCUGACUGUAGCCCACAACUUGAUUAGAGCACAUGCCAAGGCUUGGCACACUUAUAACACCCACUUCCGCCCAUUCCAGAAGGGUGAGGUGUCCAUUGUUCUGGGUUCCCACUGGGUUGAGCCUCAAAGAGGCCACAUCAACACCAACAAUGUUGAGUUUUGCCAACAGUCAAUGGAAGCUGUGCUUGGGUGGUUUGCUAAUCCCAUUUUUGGGGAUGGAGAGUACCCACACUCUUUAAAAAACAGGCACGGCCCCCUUCUGCCCACUUUUACCUCUGAGGAGAAGCAGUGGAUUCAUAAGACAGCUGACUUUUUUGCUUUGUCCUUUGGUCCUAACAACCUUCGCUUGGGCCGGAACCUGCCCCUGUACGGGCAGACUGUGACCCCCGAGCUGAGGCGUGUUCUGGCCUGGGUUAAGUUGGAGUAUGGGGACAUGAGGGUGCUGGUGACUGAGGGAAGCUGGUUCUCUGAAGCCAGUGUGGGAAGAGAGGACACUGUGGCCAUCUACCUUAUGAAGCGGUUUAUCAACCAAGUCCUACAAGCUAUCAAGUUUGAAGAGGUGCAGGUAUUUGGCUACUCUGCAUGGUCAUUGGUGGAUGGAUAUGAAUGGAAUUAUGGCUAUACUGUUAGGCGUGGCCUUUUUUACAUCGAUUUUAGUCAACCCAACCGAACAAGGACUGCCAAAACAUCAGCUCAGUACUACAGGCGUGUUGUUGCUGACAAUGGUUUUCCCAGUGAUGACACUUCCAAAGAGGUCAGAGGCCGAUUUCCCUGUGAUUUUCAUUGGGGCAUUGCUGACUCCACCUUACAGGUACACUUCCAUCCUUUCUCACCGCAGUUUUCAGACCCCCAUUUAUACAGUUGGAACAUGACAGGAGAUGGAUCACUGCAUCCAAUCUCAGGAGUGAAACUCCGCACCAGAGGUGCCCAGUGCACGGACUACUUAGCUAUCCGUGGUCAUCUUCGUCUGUUUGCGUCUACUGGUGCAUCUCACUACCGCUUUGCCUUAAAUUGGUCUCUGAUUUUACCCCAGGGAGACAUCUCAAAUGUGAACACUGAUGCUCUGAGGUACUACUGCUGUAUCCUCACGGAACUGAAGAAGCUGGACCUGGAGGCAGUCGUUGUUCUCUACUACCCCACAUACAAAGCACCCAAUCUUGGCUUACCUGGGCCAUUGCAUUCCUCUGGGGGCUGGCUCAACUACAGCACAGUAGAAGCCUUUCAAAAAUAUGCAGCACUCUGCUACCAGAAGCUGGGCUUGUGGGUUCGAUACUGGAUCACAAUUAAUGAGCCCAACAGACUCAUUGAUGUUUAUUCCACUGGCAGUGAGCAGCAUCGGGCAGCUCAUUACCUUCUUCUGGCCCAUGCAAAAGCAUGGAGGUUGUAUGAGCGAGACCAUGCUACUCAGCAGAAGGCAUUAGUAUCACUCGCGCUGCAUGCUGAUUGGGCCGAACCUGCCAACCCAUUCCUAGAGUCACAUACAACAGCAGCCCAAAGAUUUCUUCUGUUUGAACUUGCUCGCUUCUUAAGUCCUUUGCUGGAGAGUAUAUAUGAAGACAGUGGUGACUACCCACAAGAAAUUAAAACAUAUCUGGCGGAGAGACCCCCCUCAGGACUUAACGAGUCCUCUCUUCCCACUUUUACUGAGAUGGAGCGGGAAGAGCUAAAAGGAGCGUUGAGUUUCAUAGCACUCAACCAUUUUACUACACAUUUAAUCUCUCCAUAUGAGCACACGCAGACCACUGUCCGGCAGAAACAACCCCCAGAUCACGACUGUCUGAUCCUCUCCGACCCAACCUGGCCCUCCUCCAGCCUCGGGCAGGCUCUUGUGCCCUGGGGCCUAAGGAAGAUCCUGAACUGGGUGAGCCAGAGAUAUGGAAGGACUCUACCGAUCAUUGUCACAGCCAGCGGGGUUGAUGACCUGGCUCCUUUGGAGGACAAAAUGAGGCAACACUACCUCAAGAAUUAUCUACAGCAAGCUCUAAAAGCACGUCAUUCAGAUUCAGUCAACCUGCAGGGCUUUUACCUGUGGAAACUACAAGAUCGACAUGGUCCACAGUUUGGCCUUUUCACCUCAAUCCACCACCAACUGAAGGCUAAAGCUUCUGUUGCCAUGUACAGAGACAUCAUUGCUCAUGGUGGUUUCCCUGAAGAUAACACAGUGCAGACCUGCAGGCUCAGUGAGCUCCAGGACCCCUGCACUCUAUGUGCAUGGAUCUCCAAGAACAAAGUACUGUUGGUGUUAGGAGGCUGUCUCGUUAUAACAGUUGUUACUCUGGCAUCAAUUGUCAUCAUCCUCAGCACCAAAAGGACCCAAACAAGGAGCACAGGGAAGUGGAGGAAGCACAAGUGAAGACGGGAAGGUGCACAAGUGUACUCGUGCAUAUCUGCUCUUAAGUAGCUGACAGGAUUCCACUCUGACAAACUUUGUGUUGACUGAAUGUUUGAAUCUAUUCUUACAGUAACGUUAAAAUCAGUUUUCCUGCAGCCACUGGUCUGGGAAGGCAUCAUCAUCAUCAUCAGUAUACUGUUAUAACUACUGUAGUUAUUUAAAUGUGACUUAUGUUAUAAUGUACAUAGAUCUAUAUAUAUUUUCGUGACAAGCAAAGAAUGUCUAUUUUACUUAAAAUUUCAAAGAAUUAUGUUUUACACUAAUGA